AUGAAUCCCUCCCCGGACCUGUAUGAGACCCCUGGGGACAGGCUGGACGCCUUACUGAAGCAGCCCAAGGAGGAUUGGAAGGAAGAAUCCAAGGAUGUCUGGCAAAGAAUGGAGCGGUUCUUUCGGGAUCAGUGCUUCCAAGAUAAGUUGUUUCUGGGACAAGAAGUCAGGGUGCUGAAGGUGGUGAAGGGUGGCUCCUCAGGAAAAGGAACAACUCUGAACCACAAAUCUGACCUGGAUAUGAUUCUGUUCCUGAGCUGCUUUGUAAGCUUCCAAAGCCAGUCACUGGUCCGAAAAUACAUUAUUGACUUCAUUGAGGAGAAAUUGGAUUGCUGUAGCAGAAGCCUGGCCUACAGCAUCAUGGUGAUCCAUCACAGGGAGGGAAACAGGAUCCCUCGUUCUCUGACCUUACAGAUCCAGUGCAGGAAGAGCACUGAUGUCUUUCGGAUGGACGUGCUCCCAGCUUUUGAUGCUCUGGGAUCCUUUAGCCCAGACUCUAAACCAGAGCCGGAAAUCUAUGAAAGUUUAAUAACUGCCUCUGGCUACCCUGGGGAGUUCUCGCCAAGCUUCACACAGUUGCAGAGACACUUCGUGAAAAGCCGCCCUUUUAAACUGAAGAACCUCCUGAGGCUGGUGAAGUUCUGGUACCUGAAGUAUGUGAAAGAUAAAUACCGAGGAGAAGCAGUGCCUUCAAAAUAUGCAUUGGAGCUACUGACCAUUUAUGCCUGGGAAAGGGGUACAGACGAAAGUGAGAACUUCAACAUGGACGAAGGGCUUGUGGCUGUCAUGAAACUCCUCAGAGAUUACAAAGAUAUCUGCAUUUACUGGACCAAGUACUAUGAUUUCCAAAAUGAGACUGUCAGAAACUUUAUCAAACAAAAGUUGAAGGAGUGCAGGCCCAUUAUCCUAGACCCGGCUGACCCCACCAACAACCUGGGAAGGGGGAGAGGAUGGGACCUGAUGGCCAGAGAGGCUGUUUACUGCCUGAGACAGGCCUGCUGCAGGACAGAAGACCCCGGCCACGGCUGGCAUGUCCAGAGAGCAAGAGAUGUCCAGGUGACUGUGAAACAGACUGGCCAGAAGCCUUUGACGCUCUCAGUGAACCCGUACAGUCCCAUCUGGAAGAUGAAAGCAGAGAUCAAGAGGACAAAUAGGGCAAGUAGCCCCCAGAGUCAGUAUCGUCUCUCCUUCCAGGAGCCGGGGGGAGAGAGGCAACUGCUCAGCAGCCAACAGACUCUGGCUGAUUAUGGGAUCUUCUCUAAGGUGAAUGUCCGCGUGCUGGAGACCAUCCCUCCUGAGAUCCAGGUCUUUGUGAAGGAUGCUAAUGGCCAGAGCAUACCCUAUGCCAUCUACCCUGAUGACACCAUCCGUGACUUGAAAGAGAAAAUCGAAGACGCUGGAGGACCCUUAGUAAAGGACCAGAUACUGAAGGCCCAGGGUCGGACCCUGUGGAACCGCCGCAGGCUUGAAGACUUGGACAUAGAAGACUGUGACACCAUCACGCUCAUUAAGAGAAGCUGAAGGUCCCUAGGACUGCCCAUGGUCAGGCUAGGCCGCUCACCCUGUAGACUCCUGGGGUCCCUUCCCCCCAUCCCAGCCCUUUCUACCCACUCUGCUCUUUCUGAAGCCUAAAUAUGAAUAUGUGCAUAGCCCUCUCCUGUUUAAAUGCCUCCGGUGUCUCCCCGUUACCUACAGAAUGCAGUUCAAGUUCCUUUGCUUGUGCAUUCGGGGUCCUUGACUUUUACCCCUUGCUUUACCCCUCAAUUUGCCUUCGCCACUCAAAACAAACCAGAUGUUCCCAAACACUUGCAAUUCCAGAACACUAAAUGUCAGGUUAUAACUCCAUCACUUUGAGUCUACUCUCCCCUCUCCCAUGACUCCCCUCUUUUAUUUGUUUAUUUUUUUUAAUUCUUGGUGGACACAAUAUCUUUUAUUUUUAUGUGGUGCUGAGGAUGGAACCCAGUGCCCCGUGCAUGCCAGGCGAGCGUGCUACCACUUCAGCCACAUCCCCAGGGUCUCUCCCCUCUUUUUAUGCUCACACUUCUAAGUCAUUGAAUGAAUCUCAACCUGUGGACCUCAGACCAGCAGAACGAGCCGCACUCGGGAACUCAUUAGACAGGAAAACUCACAACAACUCUCCCAAGUUCACCUGAGUCAGAUUCUCAGGUGGUGACACUCAGCGGGCCGCGUCUCACAAGCCUUCCAAGAUGCGUGUUGCAGUUUGGGAACCCCUGACACCUGCCCCAUACAGCUGGCCAAGGCGUCUCUUGCCCUUACUGCCCCUCUUCACCCAGAUCAGACUUCUGUGGAAGUACCUGGGGACCCUCCCUGUGUUCCUUCCUCUGUCACCCUCUACUAGUGAAACCUGACAAACUGCUUUAUUCUGUGCCCUGUGGUCUAGAAUGGCCCCUCCCCAGUGCAAACAUUUGGCACAUGCUUUCUGAAUAAAGGAAUGAGCCAAAGUA